AUGACUGAAUUGUCAUUCGCAGAUUCGGGAAGAGCUUUUGAUACUAAGAAGUUUAUUGACAAAACAUUUCCUUUUAAUUCAUCCAUAUUGUUUGAUCCGACAACCUUUACGACUAUUCCAAAAUGCGUAUUUGUGGUGUUUACGAAGAAAGAUGGUGGAAACAUGCUACAAAAAGAUGUGCUGCUAGAAAUUAGUCGGGUGGAUAAAUUAAUUAAGAAUAUAACAAUCAAUGACGCUGAAAGAGAAAUUGGAUAUUCGGAUCUCUGUGGACGUGUGAACCAAAAAUGCUUUGAAAAUCCCAUCAUAGAAAUCUUACCGGAAAUUGAUAAUAUAGUGCAGAAGAAGAAAUUAAGAUAUCCGUUCGAUAUUGAUCCAUUCACGUACUCUCAUAAAAUUUAUUCUCUCAACUUCGGAGGUGUCAUCGAAGAUGACAACGAUUUGGUUCAAACAGUAAGUGCUAUGAGAUUAGUGUAUUUUACCGACGAAAGCGACGAAAAUAAACUUAAUCUCAUAGAAAAAUGGCGAGCGGCAGUUUACAAUCGUAUAAGAAAUCAUCGUUUUAAACACCUUCUGUAUUUUAUCGGUUAUUACUGGUUGUUUGAAGAGCGAAACUUGCAAUUGGUUGAAAAUAUAACACCCAUGAUCGGUGCACUGGUUGGAUUUAUUUCUGUGUUUACUAUGGUAACGUACAUGAGCAAUAAUUGGUCUAAAAGCAAGCCAGUUCUUGGUGUGGCAAGUGUGGUAUCGGCUGGACUGGCCGUGGUCACUUCUUUCGGUUUCAUGUCCGUUCUAGGUAUAGAAAAUUCUAUUUGGAACAUCGCCAUUCCUUUUGUGGUUUUGGUAACCGAAAUAGACGAUGCUUUCGUAUUGUUGGCGUGUUGGAGAACAUCGAACCCUAAGCAUAAAGUAGCGAAACGCAUGGAAGAAACGUUCGCCGAAGCCGGAGUUUCUAUAACGUUAACGUCGUUGACUAAUUUGUUUUCCUAUUGUAUAGGAAUGAUGGCAUCGAUUCCUCUUGUAAGAAUGUUCUGUUAUUAUUGUGCAACGUGCAUAGUGUUUACGUUUUUAUAUCAGGUGACAUUCUUCGGUGGAUGCAUGGCGUUAUCGGGAUACAAAGAGGUGAAAGAAGAUCAUAAUAUCGAAAAUAACGAAGUAGUUUCCGAAGAUAAAAAUUUCUCUGAUGAGCCAACAAUGGCAUAUUUUAGAGAUAAGCUAGGCAAGAUUCUAUCUUCGGAUGUAAUGAAGAUAAUAGUUAUUAUAAUUUACUUUCUGAAUUUAUCAUUUGGAAUAUGGGGGGCUUUAACAAUAAAUUAUGGUAUAGACAUCACAACGUUAUAUCCUGAAGAAUCGCCGGUAACAAAGAUUAUUAACACUACAUUAGAUUAUUCGGAUGUAAAUGUGCAAGAAUCCGUAGACAAACUACUGAACAAAUUUGAACGUCUCCCAUAUAUUGCAGAUUCCCGAUUUACAUUAUCAUGGUUAAAAUAUUACAAAGAAUUUCAAAAUCAUCCGAUUGCAAAAUAUUCGUUACGUGGUUACAACAUGUCUGUCAAAGAAGAUUUCUUGAGUGGACUUCGCGAUGUUUUUCUUGAAUUUAAAGCAGCACAACAAUUCUCCAGUCAUAUUGCCUUCAAUCAGAAUGAAACCGAUAUUUCGAGUAGCAGAUUCUUUAUUUUUGUCAAUGAUACGUUAAGUUCGGCAGCCGAAGUAGAGAUUUUAAGUAAUUUGUGGAAAAUUGCUGACGAAUUCGACUUUCCUGUUCUGAUUCACGGAGCAUUGGCUCCUCUAUACGAACAAGGAAUCAUCAUUAAUCGUACAAUUAGAGAUUUAUUUUGGAUUACGUCUGUUUUAAUAAUGGUAUUCUUUUUGUUGUUUAUACCAAACAUUGUUUCUGCUCUUCUUGUUGCGAUAUCGGUAGCAUCUACCAUUGUAGAAACUCUAGGUUAUAUGUCCCUGUGGGGUGUCAACGUGGACAUCUUAUCUAUGAUGAGUCUGAUAUUGUGUGUGGGUUUCUGCGUGAAUUAUCCGGCGCAUAUAGCUUACGCUUAUGUUUGUUCUGUGUCUGAAACUCCGAGCGAAAAGAUGAAAGACAGUCUUUAUCGUAUUGGUUAUCCGAUAUGUCAAGGAUCUUUGUCUACUAUUUUAGGGAUUUU